UGUAACAGAGAGUUUAUAGGGAAAAAAACUAAAAUGUUGUUUAAAUACGUACCACUUUUCGUCUUGUUGUACACUGCAGCUGUGGUGGAGGCGGCUGGUGACGUGGACUACUGUAGCCCAGCUUAUAUGUGUAGUGGGCGGCGCGAAAAGCACGUUCUAGCAUGUAAUCAUACUGGAACUUUCGACUCCCGUUGCCCAGCUAAUGCUGAGAUGCUGCCUAUUACGGCUGAAUUUAAGAAACUUUUCCUAGGUGAACAAAAUAAAUAUCGCAAUGAAGUGGCGAAGGGUCUCGUCUUCGAGCCAGCUGCAGCUAUGGCCACCUUGGAAUGGGACGACGAGUUGGCAUACUUUGCUGAACUCAAUGUGAAACAAUGUGGCAUAAUUUAUGAGGAUCAGAAAUGUUUCACGACGGCACGCUACAAUACGCUUGAUCAAAAUAUCGGUUGGCUGUUUUAUACGAAAUCGAGAUUUAAUCGCGAGAAUAUUUAUGCUGAUAUUAAAGAGCACAUACGUAUUUACUGGUAUGAGCAAUAUCACGACUGUACACAGGCAGAAAUCGAUUCGUAUCAUCCACCGGAAAUCAAAUUGAUUCUACACUUUGGUAAAAUGGUAAUGGAUCGCAACAAUCGUGUUGGCUGCGCUGCCUCUCUCUAUGAAACUGAUUACGGUUUUAAUGUGCUGUUCACAUGUAAUUAUGCCCGCCGCUUAUUCUGCUACAAGCCCAUAUUCCGUUCAGGCGCCUAUCCAGGUUCACACUGCCGAACCGGCAUGAAUCCGCUAUAUCCAUUCUUAUGCUCAACUAAGGAGGAAUUUAAUCCAAAUGAUUAUAAAGUCUAAUUAUUGCAUACAAUAUUAAAGGUUAAAAGUCAACUAAAGGUAAAAUACAUACAUACACUUGCGUUCACAAUAAUAGCGCCGCUAUAUGCAAGGAGCCGCAAAAUGAACUAUCCAAUUUUUUUUGUUUGCAUAACUUUUCUAUUAAAUAAAUAAAAAUUAUUUUGAGUGAUGAAAA